AUGCUCGAACCUCGACCCAGGCAAUAUUUACCCCUCUACCUCGAUCUUGGCGUUACCGGCCUUUUUGCCCUCGGUCUCGGUUUUUUAAAAAAAACCUCGAUCUUGACCUACUCUACUUUAAAAAGAAUCACAUUUAAAUACUAUAAAGAAAAAAUAAAAUGGUGGGAGAUAACAAGAGUACCAAAAAUCGUCGGGGUUGUAAUCGGAAUCACUCCUCAUUAUGAGCACGCUUCAUUUUCUUCAGAUUUUUUACGUGCGUAUCAAGAUGUCCCUUGA